AUGUCAGCAGAUACUACCACCUCACAGGGUCCUACCAACUCAUCUCCCUCUGGCGGUGAAGGAGUCAAAUCUGGAGUUUCAUUCAGACUGAAGGUUGAUGAACAUACAAGCCUUGGUGUACAUGAUGCCCAUCAUUGGAAGUUCCCCCCUAAUCCUCAUGUACCUGAAAAGGAUCUAUGGGUCGCUGUCCACAGUGAGGCCUGUUACGACCUUCAUAACAAUGAAUCCACAGACUUUGAAUACCAGGAUGACCUGAAAAAGAAAGGCUUUCACUUCUUCUCAUGGCAUUUUCUUUGGGACCCAGGAAGUCAAAUCACCACAGUUGAUGCCACUGCCCGUGACGCCGAGGGCCAUCCACUCGGGUAUGAUGUAUUCGAGACGGAGAUAACUUCCUCACCAUCGGAUGCAUGGCAACUCAAAGAAGAUACACCUUACAAGCUUCGACUCCGAAGUCCCGGUCUACCUUAUACUAAAUAUCUCACCUCAACGCCCAUCAUUCCAGGAUUCUACCACAAGUCAUUUCUUUAUUCGGACGUGGUUUCCAAUAUCCCAUUCAAAGACCAACGAGAUAACUACGGCUACGAGUUCCGGUUCCAGAAAGUGGACGGUGCUCAAGACGAUCACUUCAUCAAGACCGGCGACAGGGUGAAGCUCCAGAUCUAUGAGCCUGAGUGGCCUAAGGGGGACAAAUCGGUACUGCGUGGAUAUGCCUCCCGCAUCCUGAACUACUCUGUCGGAACUGAGCAAUACACGUCAAGGUCGGGGUUGAAGCCAAUCAUAUUUACCAUCGAGAUCAUCCAGGCACAGGCUUAA